UUCAGAUGACUCGGAUUGUCUGUUUAGCCUGUCACGACUUUAAAUGCAGUAUAAACGAUAUAAUAAAUCUUUCUGUUGAUGCAAAUUCUGCACAUUUUGUUAAUCAAGGAGGUUUUGUGCAUGACCUUUUUACUGUUGGAACGAUUAAAAAUGUUGAUUUUCAAGGAGAACCAUCGCCAGAAUUUUGCUGGUUUUCAGGGUAUGAAUGGACAAUAAUGGAAUGCAGUGAAUGUGGUACUCAUAUUGGGUGGCGUUUUACUACCUCAUCAGACGAUCUUACUCCAAGCCAGUUUUUUGGAAUUUCUAGACGCUCUUUUAAAUUAGCUUAUCAAAAGGAAGAGGAAUAA